AUGUCCUCAUCACAGAGGCUGAGCCUGGUGCCCGGCCUGCAGGCUCCUGUCAGCCUUAACCUGCAGGGUUCUACUGCGAUCGACGGGUUGGCGACCACUGCUCUACAGGUUCCUAUCGCUCUGCAGGAUCAUGUCGCUCUACAGGGUCCUAUCAACCUGCGGUGCUGCAGUGGGGGCAGGGAGCAGAUGGGGGACGGAGCUGAUGCCGCUGAUGAGCCACCCAGAGACAGAUCUGGGUUGAGACUGUCUGAGACUCAUGUUUUCACAGUGCAGUCAGAUCCAGAGGAGCCAGAGGAGCCAGAGGAGCGCAGCGGUGCAGCGGUGACUCCUGGCCGGCUGGAUCAACACCUCGCUCGCCCGCAGCUGGAGCCCGAAUCCCGCAGCGUGCGCGGUUAUUCUCUCGCCCCUCUGGUGCGGUUCGUCUGCCAGAGGGAGGCUGAGCCAGCGGCCGUCGGCGGAGGGAGGGUUCCACCGUGUUUUCUCUGGAGCGGAGGCAGAAAACAGAGCAGCCACGCCGCCCACUCCUCCGGGGCGCAGCGCGCGUCGACGAUUUCGCAAUCGCCGCUGCCCCGUUUCAAAUGCGCGGAGGAGCGGCGCGGAGCAGACACCCGCACAAACCCCGCAGACGCGCACCCUGAGCCCCGCAGACUGGAACUAACAACAAGCACCUCUGGAGUGGGAGGUGAUGAAAUGAAAUGGAAGUGCCUCGUUUCCUUUCCCCACAGUUUGAAGAAGCAGAAUUAGAAAUUGAUCAGAGAGCUCCAGCUGUGCCUCGGGCCGUGCACGUUCCCCCUGCUUGGGUUUUGUGACAUGCUUUCAAAAAAUGGGUCAAAUGAGGGAGGAUUGUUCAGCGACAGACUGGAGAUCGGUGAAUGGAACCCUGAAUCUGAAUUUAAAGUUCGGGUGAAGGCUGCUUGCCUCAUUUCCCAUUGCAUUUGUAUUUUCUUCUUCUUUCUGUAAUCCUCUCGCUGACUUACUGCAGCUGGACUCACUCCAACGUUCAGGAUGUGUCAAAGUCUGACUUAAUUCUCUGCAAACUUUAAUGGCCUGCAGGAUUACUGUGCCGGAACCAGAGUUUGUGUCAGUGUGAUUUCUUGUUCUGCGUGUUCAGCUUCCUCCCUGUCUGUAAAACCAUUUUCUGCAGGUUUCUUUAUGUGC